AUACAAAUUAAUUCCCAUUUCAUAAAAGGUAAAGUAAACCCAUACUAAUUGAGAGAAAGAAAAAAAAUUCCUCCUACUCCUACCAUUCCCAAUCUCUGAAUUCUGUCGUCCUCCUCACAAACUUUUAAUUUUGAAGUUUUCAACCCAAACACUGCCGUUGUCACAUCCUUUUCCCCCUUCCCAGUAAAUGUGCCCACCACUCCGCAAUCCCAAAUUCAGUUCUUAGGGUUUUUUUUUUUUUUAUGUUUAUUUUUUUAUUUUCCACUUCUCCAUCAGAACCUCGUAACCUUCAUCGCAAUUCUUCAUGGAAUCUGAGUUAGGACAAGAACAGCGGUCAGAAUCAGCUGCAGCACCUUACCGACCUUGUUUGGAAGAUGGCCGUGUUGACGAUAAUCGAAAUUGUAGUGAUUCUUCGGGGGGAGUUGACCUUGUGACCGUACGUCAAUGCGAUAAGCUUCGGGAGAUUGAUGAUUCUCACCUUCUAGGGGAUGCUGGUGUGGCGGCUGUGAGGGGAGAUGGUGGGAAUUCGGUGGAGGUGGGGAAAGUCGCGGAGAGAGGUACGGGGAAGAGGCGGCGGGGCCGGCCGCCGAGGUCUCAGGGGAAGGCAACGGCGUUGACGAUGCCUCUGCAGAGGAAGAAGAGAGAUGAGGAGGACGUUUGUUUUAUUUGCUUUGAUGGUGGGAGUCUUGUGCUUUGUGAUCGCCGGGGCUGUCCUAAGGCAUAUCAUCCAACCUGCAUCAAGAGGGACGAGGCAUUUUUCCGUUCAAAGGCGAAGUGGAACUGUGGAUGGCACAUAUGUAUCAGUUGUCAGAAGUAUUCCCAUUACAUGUGCUAUACCUGUACCUAUUCUUUGUGCAAGGGAUGUACUAAAGAUGCUGACUAUUUUUCUGUGAGGGGAAAUAAAGGAUUUUGUGGAACAUGCAUGAAAACUGUAAUGCUGAUUGAAAACAGUGCUUUAGAAAAUAAUGAGACGGUUCAAGUGGAUUUUGAUGACAAAAGUAGUUGGGAGUAUCUCUUCAAGGUAUAUUGGGUUUACCUGAAAGAGAAGCUCUCAUUAAGUUUAGAUGAGCUUACCAAAGCUAAAAAUCCAUGGAAAGGAAAUGCUCUAAUGGCUUCUAAAGGAGAGUCCUUAAAUGGAACGUAUGGUGGUAAUGGUAAAGGUUCAAAUAUGGAACUUUAUUGUGGAGACCUAGGGGGUAGUAAUGCUAAAAGAAGAAAAACUACAAAGCAACAAAAUUUACUGGAUAAGGAGGGUUCCCCAGUAUUAGAAAACUCAAGUGCUGUAAAAAAGAUGCCUUUGUCUGAAGGCAAAAGUUGGGCAACGAAGGAGCUUUUGGAGUUUGUGGCACACAUGAAAAAUGGGGAUACAUCAAUGCUAUCUUAUGUUGAUGUCCAGUCUCUUUUGCUAGAGUAUGUGGCAAUUAACAAUCUUCGUGAUCCUCACCAGCAGUGUCAAAUCAUAUGUGAUGCAAGGCUUGUAAAUUUGUUUGGAAAAGGAACCUUAGGUCACAUUGAAAUGCUAAACCUUCUUGAAUCUCACUUUCUCAUUAAAGACUGUUCCACUAGUGCUGAUACCAUUAGAGGUGGAGUUACAGAAGCUGUUUCUAACCAGCUGAUUGAUGGGAACCAUCAUAACCAACUUAUGAUGACAAAUGAUAAGAGGCGUAAAACAUGUAAAAAAGUUGAUGAGAGAGGACAACAGAUUAAUCUAGAUGAAUAUGCUGCAAUUGAUGUUCACAAUGUUACCUUGAUCUACUUGAAGCGUGAUUUAAUGGAGAUCCUAAUUGAUGAUGCCAACAAAUUUCAUGAGAAGGUUGUUGGUUCCAUUGUUCGCAUACGAAUUCCUGGUAGUGAUCAAAAUCAAGAAAUGCACAGGCUCGUCCAAGUUGUAGGUACGAGCAAAGCAGCUGAACCGUAUCAGAUUGGUACGAGGACAACUAAUCUCAUGCUUGAGAUAUUAAAUUUACAAAAGAAAGAGAUUGUGUCAAUUGAUGGGAUUUCAAAUCAAGAUUUCUCCGAGGAUGAAUGCCGCUGGCUGCGUCAGUGUAUAAAAUGUGGGCUGAUGAAACACUUGACAGUGGGUGAUAUUCAGAAGAAAGCAAUGGCACUUCAGGAACUGAGGGUCAAUGAUUGGCUGGAGUCAGAAAUUUUACGGCUUGAGCAUCUUCGUGAUCAAGCAAAUGAAAAGGGACACAGAAAGGAAUAUCCUUUGUUGCUUGAAAAUUGAAAUUAUUCUUACCUCUUUCUGUGCUGUUUCUUACUUGCUAUAUAGUAGCUGUCAAGCCAUCUUCAUUACUAACAAGUCAUAUUAACCUAUUGAGGUCAAAUAGCCAUCUGUGUAAACUGAAAUGAACAUGGGACACCCUGAAGAAUUUAUGGCUGUGAGCUGGGUGUGAAUAUGGUAAUAAAACUGCAUUCUUGAGAAAUCAAAGUGAUGUGGAUUG